CCGCCUCUUUCCUAAGGGUGGGAGUUUGCUGCAAACUUUGUUUAUGGGACAGUCCGGGAGCCGCGGCGGCUGCGCUCGUCUACGUCUUCUCUGUCGCCUCCUCGCGCAGUGGGAGCGCCCGAGGCCGGCUCCGGGGAUGUAAGAGGAUAAGCCUUCGGCUGCUGGGAAUCCGCUCGGGAUCUGCCAGCCGGGACCGGGUUCCAGCUCGUCAGUUCGGGAGGCGCCCAGGCUUGGCUUCCCCGCGUGCCCAGAAAGAUGAAUCCGUCCUCGGUGCCCCAUCCGCUCCCGCCGCCAGGGCAGCAAGUCAUCCACGUCACGCAGGACCUGGACACCGACCUCGAAGCCCUCUUCAACUCUGUCAUGAACCCCAAGCCCAGCUCAUGGCGGAAAAAGAUCCUCCCGGAGUCCUUCUUUAAGGAGCCCGAUUCCGGCUCGCACUCGCGCCAGUCCAGCACCGACUCAUCAGGCGGCCACCCGGGGCCUCGACUAGCUGGCGGCGCGCAGCACGUCCGCUCGCACUCGUCGCCCGCAUCCCUGCAGCUAGGCACCGGUGCGGGAGCCGCUGGAGGCCCUGCACAGCAGCAUGCACAUCUCCGCCAGCAGUCCUAUGACGUGACCGACGAGCUGCCUUUGCCCCCCGGGUGGGAGAUGACCUUCACGGCCACUGGCCAGAGAUACUUCCUUAAUCACAUAGAGAAAAUCACCACAUGGCAAGACCCCAGGAAGGUGAUGAAUCAGCCUCUGAAUCAUGUGAACCUCCACCCCUCCAUCACUUCCACAUCGGUGCCACAGAGGUCCAUGGCAGUGUCCCAGCCGAAUCUCGCGAUGAAUCACCAACACCAGCAAGUCGUGGCCACUAGCCUGAGUCCACAGAACCACCCGACUCAGAACCCACCCACGGGGCUCAUGAGUGUGCCCAAUGCACUGACCACUCAGCAGCAGCAGCAGCAGAAACUGCGGCUUCAGAGGAUCCAGAUGGAGAGAGAGAGGAUUAGGAUGCGUCAAGAGGAGCUCAUGAGGCAGGAAGCUGCCCUCUGCCGACAGCUCCCCAUGGAAACCGAGACCAUGGCCCCUGUCAACACGCCUGCCAUGAGCACAGAUAUGAGAUCUGUCACCAACAGUAGCUCAGAUCCUUUCCUCAAUGGAGGGCCCUAUCAUUCGCGGGAGCAGAGCACAGACAGCGGCCUGGGGUUAGGGUGCUACAGUGUCCCCACAACUCCAGAAGACUUCCUCAGCAACAUGGACGAGAUGGAUACAGGUGAAAAUUCUGGUCAGACACCCAUGACCGUCAAUCCCCAGCAGACACGCUUCCCUGAUUUCCUGGACUGCCUUCCAGGAACAAAUGUUGACCUCGGGACUUUGGAGUCUGAAGAUCUGAUCCCCCUCUUCAAUGACGUAGAGUCUGCUCUGAACAAAAGCGAGCCCUUUCUAACCUGGCUGUAAUCACUACUGUUGUAACGUGAUGCAGCUGUGAGCUGCCGCGAGUCUUGGGCCUUGCGGACCAAGUGAUGGAGCAGAGCGGGCCUGCAGCUGCACCACGUUCUGCCUUUGUACUCACACUCCUUGUCCGUGUGGCCGCUUAAUCAUUGCCUGGUGUUGAUUCGCAGGAACUUACGUUACACAGAAAUAAAUACUCUCUUCUCAUUUUCUGCAAGCCUGCAUUUCUGUGGCAGAUAAAGCAGGAUGGGUUGUGCAGAAUGACUUUAGAGAAUGCCUGCAGCCCUAUGGCUGGAUUUUAUUGCAGUUAGCUUAAAUUCAUAUAUCAAUUGAUUCUAAGCCAUACAAAGCUGACCUCAGGCAGUGAAUUCUGAUAGGCAGCUUGGUCCAGGAAGUGAUUUACAGUUUCAAAAGCUGUAUUGAUAACAGUAGUAACAAAUGCUUUAAAACUUAUUUAACUCGAGCUUCAAAAAAAAAAAAAAUCAUUGUAUAAAUAGUAAUUUUCUCCUGUAGGGAAUACAGUGUAGUUUGGGAUCCAUGCUGGCUCUGAUGGCUUCUCUCAUUCUGUGUUUACAAGGGCACAGAGUACCAAUGUUGUCACUGUUCAUCAUUUUCCUGCUUAGCAGCUCCAUUCUGUGAGCAGGAGAGUAACUUCAACAUCUGUCACAAUUCUUGCGUGACAGAUCGCGUGAAAGAGACCAUUUGGUCCCAGUAUGAAUGAUUACAGAACAAAACUUUUUUUUUUUAAUUGCAGCUUGGAUUUUUUUUUCAAAAUGCAGCUUAGAAUUUGAUGUUUGUUUUAUAUAUAUAUAAAAACCCUGUAAUUUUGUAGCUAUUACAGAAGGUAGCCACAUGUUUUUGAUAAAUCAGUGGCAACUAUAUUUUUGUCUUUUGGACCUGAUUCUGAAAACAUCAGACCAACUAGGUCACAGCCUGAUGAACCAUGAAUUUUGUGUGCUGCGUUUUGUACUCUGAGGCAUUAUUAAUUCUGCUUUCAAGAUUUCAAGUGUUUAAAAUAAUCCUGUCUAUGAAACUGAAGAAUGAAGCCGAUCUCUGAUUAACACAUACAGAAAGGCCCUAGUCAGGACAUGAGCUGUAGAUUUGUACGUCUGAAUUCAGUAAAAUUGUUUCCUAAGUACACUGUCCUAAUCCUUUUGCUACGUUGGUAAGGAAAAAAGUCUAAGGUAUGUACUCAUACCUCCUAUGUAACCAACAUAUUAUUUGUUUUGUUAGCUUUUCAGGACUGAGAGCUUCAUGUUCCUCUGGCAGGCAGGCCGCCUGCACUUGGCAAUGACGUCCUUAGCUGUUUAGUAUUUUAAACUGACAUUAUUUAUAAUCUAUGAAUUUAAUCUCUCUCUUUUUUAAAUUUUUAUUUUGAAAGACAUCAAGAACCUGGAAGCAAGCUUUCAGUUGCCGUGAGGGUGAAGGCUUCUCGGUUGAGGAUCUUCAGUAAGAUCCCUUUUGAUCCAUUGAAAUAGAAAUGCACAGAGUUCAUUUGGUCUUGGUGGGAAGAGGCAAGUUGAAAGGUCAGAGGCAAAGUAGCAGAGCCAGGGAAGGUGGCGGGAAGGCCAGGUGAUGUGAAAUAAAGCAGACAUGUCAGAACCCCUCAAAGACAAGGCAAGCAAGACGUGGGAGAAGUGCCCCGAAGAGCAAAGCAACGGUUUUCUCUCCGCUGCCUUUAUGCCAAAAGACACCGCUGUUAGAGAGAAGAGGGACAGGGUGAGCUUUACCUGGAAGGGCAGAGGAGGAAGGGGUGGGGCUGUGACAUUGUCCAUGUAUUGACAGAACAUGGACCGCUGUUGCUUUCAGCACUCUUAACGUGAUCUCUCUUUUUCUGAGGAACCCCAGUUUAUGUCCACGUUAAUUCCUUGCUCUCUCUGAGCACUCCAAGAGAGACGAGUAGGAAUUUUUUUGUUGCUACUAGGUUGAAAGGGAGCACUCUUUCGUUUCCUCUUUUGUUAGCAAAAGUUGCAAAAAAGAGCACAUUCUUUCUGAGGAAAACCAAAAAACAAGCCAAAAACACAAGGGACCUAACAAAACUUGACAGUGUUACUGUAUUUAAAAAUAUUUUUAUAGAUGCAUUGCAGGUUAUUAAGUGUAAGAAACAAAAGAUACUCCUUUUUUAAAAAAAAUUAGUUAAAUCAUCUAUGAUUUAUGUUACCAAGUUUUAGAAGCAAUUUUCUAAUAAGCUUGUGGCAUUAUGAAGUACUAGAAUAAUUUUCUUAGUAAAUUAGUUUAAAACUUUUUAAUUAAUAUAGUAUUUUUCUAGAAUGAAAUAUGGCCCUUGACUGUUUACUAAUAGAUAAAGCCAGAUAUUAUAAUUGUUGUUGUUGUUUUUAAGAACAUAAAAUAUGGUUUGUUACAGAGCACUAAAGCUAGAAACCAGACCUUUUUUCCCUGAGUUCUGAGUGAACCCAAGAUUUCAUGUGUGCAACUGCUCCCCAAUGGAGCACCAUCUCUAGCCCUCAGAGCAGUCUCUCAGUGGUUCUUUGUUGUUAUAAGUAUUAAUAUUUUCUAAGAAUUCAUAAUAAGGUGCUAUUCAUAUACUCUAUCAUACUAUAAGCCAACUGUCAGACUGUCUAGUCUUCUUAGUCCUAAAUCAAUAAAUUUUACCAUGUCAUCUCCAAAUUUUGUCAUAGGAUAGACACAUUUUUUUAAAGUUGGAUUCAAAACACGUUUUUCUUGAUAAGAUACACUUCACUGAAGCAUUUAAAUAGCUACACACCCUGUCAUUUGUUAACAGCAGGUGAUUUUUAGGCCUUGUUUUACUGUAGUAUCUAGGCUAUAAAGUGUGUUUCUUUCAGUGAUUUCUCAGUGGAUGAGAAGUGCACAAGCCUCAGCUGCCUGGGCAUUGCUCAGCAGAAAGGAAUCUGCAGAAGGUGACGUGACUUGUCCGUGACGGACAUGUCACGGAGUACUGCGUUCCUACGAUGUCAUUAGAAGCAACUUGUGAAAGUGUAACUUUUCGUGGAACAAAACAAGCCAUUCGAAAAGGAAAACGGUUAUUUUAAAAUGGUGAUUGACGGAGACCCCUGCCCCUGCCCCUGUAUUAUACAGUGUGCUAAUACUUUAACUUAAUUUUUUUUUUUUACACUUCUACAUUUUACCAAAUAAACGUUUACCUGUGUUGUUGAUUAUAAUCCAGUAUGUUGUACAUACAGGAACUGUGCAGCCAAAUCCAUCAGAUGAAACCGUUUGAUCUAGAGUCUGGUACAGGUUUUACUCCUCAAUUCUAUAUAAAAAAAAUAAAUACGAUUGAGCUUCCA